CGGAACAUAUUACACUUAAAAUAUUAUAACUUAAAAAAUAUAAAGAACUUGGAUUUACAAAUAAAACUGAUAAAUUUACGCCGCAAGCAGAUAAGUACAGAUUAUGUUUACUAUAAUAAUUGAUACAAAAUGAAUUUAGGGUAAUCGUAAACUGAUGUGGUUGUGACAGAAGUAUAAAAUAAUAUUUUUGAAUGUCUUGCAUUGCCAACAAGUAAAUUUCCGUAUUACCUAAGUCAACAAUCUUCGCUGUAUUCCUGUGUAUUUUUGAUUUUUAUAUAUAAUGACGAAAUGAAACUAACUCUUUCUGUUUGAUUAACACUUUCUGUUUGAUAUAUCUCUGUUAUACCAAAAGUCUUCAAAAUUGGUUACAUACGGAAACCCUGAUGUCUCAUUUGGACUUAUUCCUUAAUACAUACUUAUUAUAAGUUAUUUGUUAUUUUUUCUGACUUCAUUGUUAAUACCCAUUUAUUAUUACUUAUUUGUUACGACCUAAAGUUUGAAAGAGAGGGAAAAAAGAAUCUCUGGUUUAAGCAAAUGUAGCAUGGUUUUAAAGCGUGUAGCCGCUAGUUAACGAUUUUGUCAUUUUAGACACCUAUUACAACUGGAUCAAACAGUCAAAUCGAUUCCAUGAAAAAUAUAUAAAGCACGAUUUAAAAAGUUCCAUUUAUAUAAGGCACAUAUAAUAAAGUUUUACUCACGCGUUGAUGUCUUAGCUCUUAUUCUUUGCAUGUCCGUUUCUUUGGAGAUAACUUAAGCGUAGUUCUUUCUAGAUUAGCUCUAUAAUAAAAUAAAACUACAAAUUGAUCGUUUGCAAGCAUAUGGAGCAACCAAGCAUGCAUGUGUUUGAUUUAGUCUAUUUGUGAGAUGUAAUGAAAACUGCAAUAUCUCUCAUGUCCUGCUUGAGUAUAGUAAGUUGAAUGAAUUCAUUGUCAUACUGCAAUACUGCGACAGUAAUAACGAUAAUACUUACUGUUUAAUUGCUUUAAAACUAGAUCCGGCCGUACUUUCUGUCGUGAUUUUUCCACAUUUUGGCAUAUUUUGGUAAUUUUUAUUAUUCUAAAAAUGCCUUAGGUCUUGCAUUGAAUAUGUGAUGAACUUCCCUUAGAGAGACUAAUUUACAAUAAGUCAAUUCCUACAUCAUUCUUUUAUUUUAGAUGUCACCUUUGCUCCAUAUCGCUUUCAUGCUGUUUGCCAUAAAGUGUGGAUCUAGCGUAUCGAUAUGUAGUCCAGGAUGCAAAUGUAUCUGGACCGGUUAUUGUCAUGGCUGCAAUGAUGGAUAUUAUAUGAAUAAUAAAAAACUAUGCGAAAACUGUUCAGCAAAUUGCUUAACAUGUUCAUCAAAUCGAAAUUGCACGGAAUGUAAUGCAGGCUUCUAUUUAAAACCUUUUGACAACGGUGAAAAUAUCUGCCAUCCGUGUGCUGAAGGUUGCAGCGUGUGUUCUUUCAAAGAUGAGUGUUAUCAGUGUGACAAGGAAUACUUUAGGAAUGGCGGGUUGUGUAGAAAAUGUCCCAAAAACUGUAAAAUUUGCAAAUCAGAAAAUGAAUGUCUUAAAUGUAACGACGGUUAUCAUCAAAAUGGCACAUUGUGCUUGGAAUGCCCUAGAGGGUUUUACUGGCUUAAAUCUGUUUGUUUACCUUGCCUCGAAAACUGUGCCUCAUGCACGAUGCAUUAUGAAUGCACUGAAUGCAAACCUGGAUAUUUUGGACGUACGUGUACACAAAGGUGUUCUCCUGGAUGCAUAGGCAACGCAUGUGAACAGAAAAUUGCAAAAUGCAGUUGUCAAGACAACUUUAUUGGUGAAUCGUGUAAUUCAUGUAGUCCUGGAAAAUUUGGGCCGACUUGUAAUCAAGACUGUCCUAAACGGUGUUGGACUUGUGAUUCAUACGAAAACUGUACUGUUUGUGCUGAUAGAUAUGUCGGUAAUAGGUGCGAUCAGAAUUGCUCUAGUGGAUGUUCGGAGACUGGCUGUAACCCAAUAAACGGUUUUUGCGAUAAAUGUAAGUCUUCGUAUUAUGGACAUAGAUGUGAAAUGAAGUGUCCAAGAGGGUGUUUAAAUGACGUUUGCGACAGGGAAACGGGUGUCUGUCAUCAAUGUAAACCUCUUUUCAACUGGCCAAAAUGUAUAACUUGUAUGGAUGGAUAUUGGGGUAACGACUGCAGAAGCGAUUGUCCCGACAGCUGCCGUUCCUGUUUAUCCACUACAGAAUGCACAAAAUGCAAAGUUGGACAUCAUGGUCAGAUCUGUGAAAAGAAAUGUUCCUAUGGCUGCUUAUUAGAUUCAUGUGAUCAAGACACGGGGAUAUGCUCUGAAAACUGUAAAGUAAACUUCACCGGAACGUACUGCAAUCGGUGUAUAUCUGGAAUGUAUGGAACUAAUUGUAGCGUAUCAUGUCCGGAGAACUGUUAUGGUGGGAUGUGUGAUACACGAGAUGGGAUAUGCUUGCUAGGAUGCAUUCCCAAAUUUCAUGGUCCUCGAUGUGCGUUGGUGUGUAGUAGUAACUGCGUGAAGAAGUUAUGUGACUGGUCAACAGGUAAAUGUAACUUUGGAUGCAAUGUUGGCUUCUACGGAGAAGAUUGUCGUAAUUCAUGCAGCGAUAAUUGUCGCAACAUAACAUGCGAAAGAGAGACAGGAUCAUGUGUCAAUGGAUGUCUAGAAGGUUUUGAAGGAGAUUCAUGUUUACAAGAACAUGUCUAUGCAGAGCCAGCUGAAGAACAGACUAAAGAAGGAACGCCAAUGAACAUUUUACAAGAUCAAGUCAGCCAAGAAGAUGUAAAACCAAACAGUCAUUUGUACAUUCAUCCGAUAUAUUCUGUAUUCCAAAACACACCUGAAUAUGAAGAUAUUGAUAACAAAAUAUUAUCGUCCGGAUCAAAUUUUUAACUGUAGGAAAGAAGUGUUAUAUACACUUCUGAAACAUUGUAUGAGAUUUAGAUAUUUGACAUAAUAUAUGUUUUAUGUUAAAUUGGAAACACAUUAAAUUGGAUUAUUCUUGUAUCAAAUACGGAUACUUUACGACUAGAAAAAGGUCAAAUUAAAAAGAUCUAUAAUUGUUAUCAAUGAAAUUAAAACUUCCGAUGUGUUAUGGAGGAAAACAUUCCAAUGAAAGAGAGUGAACGUGCAUCAAAUCUUUAACCUUAUAUCUGGACGCUGACACUGGCUGCGGGAUAAGUAGGAUAGCUAAACAAAUUAUACCCUUAUGUGUUAAUAUAACACUUUAACAAGGGCCAUUACUCUGAUGUUUUAGCAAUUAUGCCUAUUACCUAACUUAUUUGUGAUCUUGUGACCAUUUGCAAUGAUCAAAAGAUGAGGUGUCUAUAAAAAGUUUCAUGAAGAUUUCUCAAAAAAUACGUAAUCAUAACUGUAUGUCAAAAUAACUUGUAUAUUAGCUGUAUUAAUAACUUGCUUUAUAAGAACAGAUAAUGAUCGACUCCUUUUGUCAUUUUGUCAUUUCUAUUAUAAAAUUUAAUUGCUCUAAUUUUGUUAGUUACAGCCAUAACCAGUCAAUUUCGAGAGCAGGUAUUCAUUGUAAAAUACCAUAUACGAAGUAAGACCAAUCAGAAACGCUCUCUAUCAAAAGCACAAAUCAGAUAGCAUAGAGUGAGUGAGUGAGUUAGAUUUUACGGCGAACCGACGCAUAAAGGUCAUAUGUCGCUAAGAAAAAGUUAUAUUAAAAAUGUUAAUUGUGAAACAUUAAUUUAAAAGUAUAAAAGUAUAUACAUAAUUAUACAGUGUUAAACGUAUCAGUUGCAAUCAUAAUGGCAUUGAAAAAGAUGUAAAUAAAAAAAAUAUAAUGUUCAUAUUUUGUGAUAAAUGCCUGUCGGUUAUUAAGGAUAAAAUAUUGCCGAAUGAAACUUUUUCAAACAAUUCUUUCAAAGAGUGAUAAGAGUGAUGGCUAUUGAUAAUAGAGAAUCGCCAUUACAUCUGAGAACUGUUACAUGUAUGAUUUAUAUAUUCAUAUUUAACAUUGAAUAUUAAAGUCUGUUUAUUAACAAACUACAGGUAAUGCAUUGCAAAACAUUAUGUGAUCUUUUCCCAAGACCUAUAUGCAAACGAAUAUUUGAUAUAUUGUUGCGUUUUCAUGUAUUUGUAAGUUUUCUUCGCACCAUUGUUUAAAACUUUAAGUUGACCACCGGACGUUGACCGCCAUGUUUGUUUACAUUUUGUAUGUACACAUUACAUUUAACAUAAUACAAUACAAUAUAAUAUAUUUGAUAAUAGAGAAUCGCCAUUACAUCUGAGAACUGUUACAUCUAUGAAUUAUACAUUCAUAUUUAACAUUGAAUAUUAAAGUAUGUUUAUUUACAAAUGACAGUGUUACAUCAUUACACCGACAAGUCCUUAUAGAGCCCAUAAAUACCCCAAACAUUGAGAAAGCCACACGGCGACACACGCAUCAUGUGGUUAAAAAUUCCAAAGAUGAUGAUAACAAUUUGCAUGUUUAUUAAAUCGUCUGAGAAUUGUAUUGGUAAUAAUCAUAGGAGCUACAUUAAUUUAAAAAAAAAUAUACAAAAUACAAAAUAUUCAAAUAACAGAAAUGUUUGUUGUUAGUUCCAUCAAACAAUGUCUGAUAUUCCUUUAACUGCCCCGAAAAUUUCACAGAAUU